AUGUCUCAAAGUCGUGAAGAUUCUGUUUACUUAGCCAAGUUAGCUGAACAAGCCGAACGUUAUGAGGAAAUGGUAGAAAGCAUGAAAGUUGUUGCUUCUUCUGGUCAAGAAUUGACUGUUGAAGAAAGAAACUUAUUAUCUGUUGCUUAUAAAAACGUUAUCGGUGCCAGACGUGCUUCUUGGAGAAUUGUUUCUUCUAUCGAACAAAAAGAAGAAACUAAAGAAAAGGCUGAACAUCAAGUUGAGUUGAUCAAAAACUAUCGUCUUAAGAUCGAAGAAGAAUUAACUAAGAUUUCUGAUGAUAUUUUGUCUGUUUUAGACACCUACUUGAUUCCAUCUGCCUCCACUGGUGAAUCAAAGGUUUUCUACUACAAGAUGAAAGGUGACUACCACCGUUACUUAGCCGAAUUCUCUGUCGGUGAAAUCAAAGACAAAGCCACUGAAUCCUCUUUGAAUGCUUAUAAAACUGCCUCUGAUAUCGCCACCACUGAACUUCCUCCAACCCAUCCAAUUAGAUUGGGUUUAGCUCUUAAUUUCUCUGUUUUCUACUAUGAAAUCGAAAACUCUCCGGAUAAGGCUUGCCAUUUGGCCAAGCAAGCAUUCGAUGAUGCCAUUGCUGAACUAGACACCUUAUCCGAAGAAUCUUACAAGGAUAGCACUUUAAUUAUGCAAUUAUUAAGAGAUAACUUAACCUUAUGGACUUCUGACAUGUCUGAAGGUAACGAUGAAAUGUCACAAGCUCAACCUCCAGCCCCAGAACAAAAUGAUGAUGAUGAUGUGCCACCAAAAUAA